AUGGAGGAUCAUGCAGCAGAGGAGGAAGGUGAGGCCGAGAUCCAGGAGCUGCAUGGGCCCAAGCACUGGUUCAGCCAGUGGAAAUGGCAGUGGCUGGCCGCCCAGAUGACUGCACCCAAGCAGCAGAAGCUCUGGCACUUCUUCCAGAACUCAGUCACCGCCGUGGUGCAGUUUUACAAGG